CAAUAGAUAAGAUGGCACCCUGAGGACAAAACGGUCGCACCACAAUCAAUUGUCUGAGGAUAACGGAUAACGCAGGCCACAGCCCCAGCCAAGAAAAACAGUAAGUAGAACAACUCUGAGGGAGAAGAAGAGAAAUGGAUGCCAACUUGGUAGCUCCCUCCCCACUCUGUCCCAAUUCAUCCUUUCGCCUAAAAAAGCCAUCCUCCAAGACCCAGCCCUUCCUGUUCACCGGUCCGGUCCGUCUCCGACCUCCCACCCUCCGGGCAACCGGACCUUUCCCCAGCACCGACGAUGGGGAGGGCAGCAUGGAUGACAGCAAAGGGAAAGCUGAAGCCACUACAGCACGGCCUCGAUCGCCGCCGACCACUCUCAACAUCAAGUACCGGCGUCGGUCAAGAAACCAAGCGAGGCAAGAGCAGCGGCAAAGCAUCAAAAAGCCCCCACCUCCUAAAGAUUGGGACUCCAUGACGCUGGGCGAGAAGGCGGUGGAGCUCUACAUGGGGGAGAAAGGCGUCCUCUUCUGGCUCAACAAGUUUGCCUAUGCUUCCAUCUUCAUCAUCAUCGGUGGGUGGAUCCUCUUCCGCUUUGUGGGGCCCUCACUAGGCCUCUAUCAGCUUGAUUCAGCUCCAUUAUCUCCAUCCACCAUGUUCAAAAGCUCAUCAUAAACCAUCAAGCUAGCUGAUUUUUACCACCUUCUGCAUCAAUGUUAUCAUCUUGAUCUAUAAGAACCAGCUACUCAUCAAUACUAGCUAGUAUCCAUGCUGCGUA